AUGGACAACACCCUGUACACAGCCUUUAUAGGAAAGGCUGUUAAGGUCAAGAUUUGCGACGGCUCUGAGUUUAGAGGAACAUCGGCAGCAAUAGAUGCAUAUCUCAACAUAUCCUUGGAGUCUGUAUUCUACCUUCAGAAAGGCCAAGAGCCCAGAUAUUAUUCCUCUCUAUUCAUCAAAGGAUCGUAUAUCGACCACAUAGCAUUGGAUGUAUGA